AUGGACCUAUUUACGCUCACACUUAUCUACCUUUCGGCUACGGCCUUCUCCAUAUUCAUACUUCUCUUCGGCGAGUCACCGAUCUUCAAGCGCACCCCCAUCGCGACACUCCACUGGUCCUUGACAACCGGCCUCUGUGACGGCAUGGAAUGGCUUGUAGCUCGGUUGUGCGGUGCUCGCGGCAGCAAGACAGGGCAGGAGCGGACCGGGUCGGGGGCCGUACCCCGUGCAGAACUAAAAAAUGUGGCCUACUUGGUGAUGGUGGUCGGGGGAUUCGCCCUCUACUGGGGCAACCUCUUCGCACUGCUACCCAACCCCUGGGCGGAUGAGGGGCACAUCGCAGUGCUCCCCCGACGAUUGACAGGAUCGGGUGUUUCAAGCCACGCCGGGUUAAUAGCGCCAUGUGGCGUCUUAAGGGCUGCCAGGGUCGCUGACCCCGCGUGGGUGCUGGGGUUGACGGGUCGAGCUCCACCUGUCCCUGACCCACAUGACGCGUUAGAUAGCCCGAGGGCGGCUAUGAUGAGCCUGACGGGCAGCGCCUCCGUGUUGGUGAGUGUGGCUCUCUUCCUGGCGGCCAGCUGGUCCGACCCGGGCACUGUGCACCCGGGCCGCCCCGCCGACCUGGCCGCCUGGCACCAGCUCUACCCGCCGGACGGAGCCCUGUUCCCCCCCGCCAAGGAGUGCAGCACCUGCGGCAUCGUGAGGCCCGCCAGGUCCAAACACUGCCGCGUGUGUAACAAGUGUGUCGGCCGCCAUGACCACCACUGCCAAUGGAUUAACAACUGUGUGGGUUUCAACAACCUCCGUAUCUUCCUGGCCUUCCUGGUGGCGAAUCUGGCCAUGUGCGCGUACGGUGCCGUACUGGCUUGCGUCAUCCUGGGUGGGGAGAUGGAGCGGCGGGGAAUGUUUUCAAUUCAGUUGGUCAACUACCGAACCGGUCAGGUGCUGCCGCUGUGGCGAGUUCCCAGCCGGGUUGUGGAGUGGGUGGUUGCGUUCCACCCGGUUGCUUCGGCCCUGACCUUGUUCAUGGGGGCUGCCACACUGCUCAUGGCCGCCUUCCUGUCGUACCAGAUCUACCUUCUGGCAGUUGGUCGUACACAGUACGAAGCAUUCAAAUGGCGCGACCUGCACUACGCGCUGCUUGAGCAAGCGGAACGCGAAGCGGCGGAGGUCGAGGAGGCAAGGCAGGCUGCGGCUGCGGCUGCGACUGCGGCGGCGGAGGAGGAGGGGGCGGCCCGGCAGCGGAGGAUGGAGCAGCGCGAAGAUGGUGGUGGUGCUGGUGGUGCUGGUGGUGAUGAUGAUGAAGGGAUGUCUUCGGAUGUAGCUGGCGGGGCGGAAGGGUGCCCGGCAGGAAGCCAAAAAGUCAUGAAGGGAUUUCGGCCGCGGCCUGCGGUGGCACAACCCCCCGGCCCCUCCCCCUCCUCGCGCUCCUCCUGGUGGUGGUGGCGGGGUGGUGCUUGGUGGCACACAUUGCGAGGGGGGGGAGGGGGAGGAAGAGGGGUUGAGGGCGGUGGGGGCGGUGGGGGCAACGACACACAUCACCCGCGGCGUCAGGACCGAGCAGCCCCGGUGGUGGCACUGCCCCCCAACAUCUACAACAGAGGCUUCUGGACCAACGUCUGGGAGGUGAUGAUGCCCGAACUACAUUUCGAGAGAGCCCGGGCGGCGGCGGCGGCGGUGGUGGGCGGGUCGCCGGGCCGCGGUGACGGCGGUGGUGGCGGUCGGAGGAGCACGGCCGUCGCGGGAGGAGGUUCCGCUGCUGCCACUAUAUUGGGACCGGGGCUGACCGGGGCGGGUGGAGGGGCACCACCAAACGCGCCUUGA